ACAAAUAAAAAAUCGAAAAUGCUGGUGUAAACUCGUGUCAACUUCCUGGCACUGUCCCAGCACUCACGUGACGAAAAACUUCCUCAGGAUUGCCCCAUACGUAUACGCUGCCUAAAUAGCCUUCGGUGUAGUUAAUGUCCCAAGGGUUAAGGCCGGAUGACAUGGAGGUUGAGCGUUGUCAGACGUAUCGAAAAGGUGCGAGUGAAGACAGCAUGGCUGAAGCGAGUGUCAAGAGUGAAUCGGACAUUCGGUUGACAGCACUGAAGGGAACGCUGGAGAAGGUUGGAGAUAGAUGGAAUGUUGUCAAAAAAAGACUGGAUUAUUGUAAAAUGCUGUAUGAGAGCGCCAUCCCCACCUCCACUGACAUGACUGUGGAGAUCCCCUGCGCGGUGUCCCCGAGGUUAAACCGGGUCCACGGCUCCAAAAUCCCCAUUGAUCCGAUGAUCGAUGAUAUUCGAUUGGUUGAGACUAUCGGGGGAGAAGAAGCCAAAGGGGAUGAGGAAAAUCUAAAAGAUCCCCCUAGUGCUUCAAAAUCCGUAAAAUUGGACUCAACCAUUGCUCUCGAAGAAAACAAAUCAUCAGUCCAAUUAACUUCCAAUACCUGGAGCGAAAAAUCCCUGCGACAUGUUUUCUCAAUAAGUCAUAAUCAAUUUUUCGAUCCGUCAAACCCCGAGAUCAUAGAAACGCUCCCUCGAGAGCCGGAGAUUGUUCUAAAAUUGGCUGGGAGACGGGGUAAAUCUGUCUGCAACGAGGUGUCGGAGCACAGACAAUUAUUCUCUGAGGUGAAGAGUACAAGAGCCCAAUCAUCGAGACGGGAUGGGUCCCCUCAGAAAUUGAUCAAGGGGCGGGGAAGAAGGACGAAGUUGAAGAGGUCUAAUUCUAAGAGCACUACUGCUAGUAAGCGUGUUGCUAAUCCAUCGAAAACGAGGCAUGUUCGACGUGUGAAACGUCGAGUAUAUAAAGUUGAGGAGCCCCAGCCCCUUCCAAAAUUGCCCCCCGAGAAACCCCAAUCUCCGCGGAAGAAAUUGAUGAAUAAAAUUGAACAAGAGGUAGUGGAAAUUUAUCACAAUGAUGCUGUUCAUAGCAUUUCUGAGAUGUCCAUCAAACAGCCGAGCGUCCUCCCAGAGAAACCACUCAAAGAUGCUUCGAAGAAUAUAAAAGAUAGGAUUAAUCAGACAAAAGCAUCACAACUGAAGGCCAAACCCAAUGUGAUUGUGCAAAAUCGAGAAGAAAAAGCACCUGCAGCUAAUGAUCAGGCGAUUAUCAGUGUGGCGCCCAGGAGACGGGAAGGUGAACUACAGACAAAUGAUUCUCCCGAAGAGUUUCCGCCCCGGCCAGUCAGGGCCUGGUACAACUCAUACGGUCAGCCAAAUUAUCAACAACCAACGUUCGCUUCCCGAUUGAAAUGCGUGAACAAAUGCUACUUUACGGCGAGGUUCAACCUCAGGAACAUUCCGUUCGUUGUAGGAACCUCGAUCACCCCCAGUCACAAUUUAGGUCUGAAUAUUCAACAGGUUUUGAGUCUUAUGAAGAGUAAACAGCCCGGGCUGGCCACUGAGAUGCGGCCGGUUUUCAUUAAGAAAAUGGGGAAGGAACUGCAUUCCUUUGAUACUAUUGACGGCGAGGAGGCUGAGGUAUUUUCUGAUCCAGAAAAUACCGAGGAUCAUCCUUCUGUCGACGAGAAACAUAUGGACACCCAUCUUCCGAGGCAUUCAGGCAUAAACAGCAACUCAUCAGAGAUCAGAGAUGUUCUCAUGCGACUGCAGUACAAAUUCGAAGAGAUGCAAACAAAAUACGAGGAAUUGUUGGAGCAAUCGAGGAAAUCGAAAGACGCAGUCCUCCAGAAGGAGUUGCGAGAACUGGAGGAGGAACUCAAUGCGAAGGAGAGUGAGAUCAGUGCUGUAGUCGGUCUAUACAAGGAGGUGAUGGCCCUGAAGUCGCAGAUACAUGGUACAUAUCACCAGAGAAACAGCCUUCUCUGCAUGGUUGAAGACAACCCCGAGAGAAUUCCCCCGAGAUUUUACCAGAAUUACCAGAGACCCAGGACAUCGUCGUGUGGUGUGAAAAUCCCGUCAACCUCCACGAGACUGACUGGUCUGCUUCGUCAGAUCCAGUCGUUCCAGCAGCAACUCAUAUCUUCCUGAAUGUUAACAGGUGUUAAAUUCAGCAAUUUGUAACAGGAAACAGAAUAAACUGUAUAAUAAAUA